GCACAGCGCUCCGCCACAAGACCACACUUCCUUUCAGUCUUUCAAGGGCACAUCAAUAUAACAUAAAUGAGACUUUCUAAAAAACCACCUAAAAAUGCAGGUGUCUGAGUCGGCUUGGUCUACAGAUUUAUCAAAGCCUGGAGGAGCUGUCUUGGAUGUUUUCCUCCAACAACUCCAGCCGUCGGUAUCCACACAUCCAGCCCGCAGCUCUUAACCGUCCCCAGCUGCCCUGCAAGCCCCUUUGACGCCCAGAUCAUGGAUCCCAGCCUCCUCCCUGGGCUGGAAGGUGGCAACCGCGAAAAAGAGGGCGACUCUCCUCUGAGGGGCUUCGGGUGACAUCACAUCCUCCGAGCGCGAAAUGUGGCUCCUCGGGCCGGCCGAAGGGCGCAACUUCCUCCCCUCAGCGUCCCACGGCUCCAGCACCUGUCCGCACGCGUCGCGCAGGGCGGAGCGCGCCAUGGCCUCUCGGGUGACCGCCCUGCUCCUGCCUCUGGCCCUGCUGCUCUAUGCCGCCGCGGCCAGCGGGCCAAGACAGUUCCGCAUGUCGCCGCCGAUGGUGGUCGCACAGCUGGGCAAGAAGGUGGAGCUGCAGUGCGAGGUGCUGCUGCCCAUCGCGGCGCCAGGCUGUUCCUGGCUCUACCAGAAGAAUGAACCUGCCUCCAGCCCUGUCUUCCUCAUGUACCUCUCCCAAAGCCGGUUCAAGUUGGCGGAAGGGCUGGACUCCAAACAGAUCUCGGGCACGAGGACGGCUGACACCCUCUACAGCCUCACCCUGCAGCGCUUCCGCAAGGAGGACGAAGGCUACUAUUUCUGCUCUGUCCUGAGCAACUCCAUGCUGUACUUCAGCCCCUUCGUGCCGGUCUUCCUGCCAGUCAAGCCCACCCCUACGCCGGCGCCGCGACCACCCACGCGGGCGCCCACCAACGCGUCUCAGCCCGUGUCUCUGCGCCCGGGGAUCUGCCGGCCUGCGGCGGGCAGCGCAGUAUCUUCAGUGGAAAAAAGUGGGCUGGACUUCGCCUGUGAAAUCUACAUCUGGGCACCUCUGGCCGGGACCUGCGCCGUCCUUCUCCUGUCACUGGUCAUCACCGUCAUCUGCAACCACAGGAACCGAAGACGGGUCUGCAAAUGUCCCAGGCCCAUGGUCAGACUGGGAGGCAAGCCCAGCCCUUCAGAGAAAUACGUCUAACAUGGAGAUGGGCCCUGUAUGACAGCCACUACAAGACCAAACAGAACUCUUUCUAUGAGAACAGCAACAGUCCUUCCUUCCUUAUAUAUCCAUUCUCACUAUUAUUUGAGGGGUGGAGUGGGGUGGAAAGGGUGACUUUUUCUUUAUGUGUUUUGCUUAGUUGAGACGAAACAAAACUGUACCUCUACAGGACACCACAAGGGUUACAAUACCACUGUGUGCACACACUGGGGUAAAGGGUGGGCAGGCCAGAGCUACUGUGAGCCAUGUUCUCAGAAUCUGGUGGUUAGAGCUGGGGGCGGAGGUGGGGUGGGGGGGUGUUCAGCAUGACUCGGUCCAAACCUCUUCAGUUGACAUCCAGGGAUGGGGAGCAGCUUGAUGAGAGGCACAGCGAGUCUCAGGGCUCUUCCUCCAACCAUUCAGGUCUUGCUUCUGGAGGCGUCUGUCUCAGCGUGGGGUGCUGUGUCUCAAACCGUUAAGGGCACAGUGAUUUCUUGAGCAGCAGUGAUAGACCCAUGACUGCGCCUGCAGCCCCAAGGAGGUUAUAAAAUAAGAGAACUUCUGCCUUUCACAGAGUUCUGUAAUGUCGUUGAGUAAUAUCAGACUUCUUUAUAAUGAAAUGGGAAACUAAAAAAAAAAGAAAUGAAAUGGGGAACUACAUGGGGUAGGAAGUCUCAAAGUGGAAGGGAUAAACUGAAGUCUGGAAAAUGAAAAACUCAGUCUCUAAAGACAAUCUCUGGGAAAUCCCCAAGCGGAGGCAAAAUUGCUCUCCCAGCCCCUACAGUGCAGAGGGGCCCAUGAAAGAGGAGUGACACCCCCCCCCUUUGACAAGUAUGAUCUGAGCAUCAGUACAGUUGAACAGAAGUCCCCUUGCGCCUCUAAACUUGCGAUACCAUAUCUGAUGGUGCUCCUGGAACAUGAGGGACUUCUGACAGUGUGGGAAGGCAGGAUUGUUACAGAGCUGCCAGCACUGGCCCUGGCCUCCCCUCGACUGGCAGAUGUGGGGCUGCGACAGAACGGACUCUGGUGAGGAGGCGGAGAGCCAAACCUGCUUCCCGACACGCGCCUUUCCUCUCGUACGGAGUUGAACAAGCCACGAGCGCUCACUGGCAGAAAAAACUCAGAUGGGGAAGUAAGAAUCACCCAUUAUUCUUUACCUCAGGUGUAAUCCAUUCUUAAUAUUGUGGUGUACAUUCUUCCGGAUUUUCUCUGCAUAUUUGUGAGGUAUAUACUUCCAAUUUUUAAAAAUGGGAUUGUGUUCUGCUUUUCAUAAAUGGCUUUAAUAAACAAACAUUGAUGGCAUCCUUUUUCACGACAAAA